AUGAAGGGUGUUAUUCGAUUUGGGAAGAGGGACAAGUUAAGUCCGAGGUACCUUGGCCGAUUUGAGGUCCUAUGUAGAGUUGGAGAUAUUACUUAUGAGUUGGCGUUGCCACCGAGCCUGUCAGGUGUUCAUUCGGUUUUCCAUGUGUCGAUGCUGAAGAAGUAUCAUUCUGAUGGUUCCUAUAUAGUUCGUUGGGAUUAUGUGUUGCUUGAUCAGAAUCUGUCUUAUGAGGAAGAGCCUAUAGUGAUUCUGGAUAGGCAGGUUAGAAAGCUGAGGUCGAAAAAGAUUGCUUCGAUUAAGGUUCAGUGA